GCCAUGGAUUACUACAGAAAAUAUGCAGCUGUCAUUCUGGCCACAUUGUCUGUGUUUCUGCAUAUUCUCCAUUCCUUUCCUGAAGGAGAGUUUACAAUACAAAGUUGCCCAGAAUGCAAGCUAAAGGAAAACAAAUACUUCUCCAAGUUGGGUGCCCCAAUUUUUCAAUGCAUGGGCUGUUGCUUCUCCAGAGCAUAUCCCACUCCAGCAAGGUCCAAGAAGACGAUGUUGGUCCCAAAGAACAUCACUUCAGAAGCCACAUGCUGUGUGGCCAAAGCGUUUACCAAGGCCACAGUGAUGGGAAAUGCCAAAGUGGAGAACCACACGGAAUGCCACUGCAGUACUUGUUAUUAUCACAAAUCUUAAAUGUUUUGCAAAAGAGCAUGUUGAUGACUGCUGAUUUCCUGGAGUGAAAAGUUAAUUUUUCAGUGUUUAUGGCCUUGUGAGAUAAAACCCCCUUUUUCCUUACCAUACUCCUUUUGGUGUGCUUCGGGGAUGUACUGCAGCUUUAUUGCCUUUCUUGUUA